AAGUAACUGAGAAGGUAAGCAAGCGAAAAGUCUAAACGGCAGAAGCGAGCGAAAAUCACUCAUGAGUACUAACAUCUAAACGGCAGAAGCAAACGAAAAUCAGUCAUGAUUAACCUCUACACGCAAUAGCAAGCAAAAACAAACACAAACUGAAAAGAAUCUACAAGUCAAUAUAAACUUAAAAGUCAAAACCCUCCAAUCGAAUUCACAAAAUACCCACCCUAUCCCUCUUCUUCUCUCUCAACCUCAAUUACUCUCAAUUCUGAACUUCAACAAUUCAGUUAACAAUUUUCAAUUUCCAAAUGUAAAAUGGAUACCAAAAACACUUUACCAUCAACACCUGGUAAAUUAAAACCAGAAAAAUAUUACCCACCUUACAAUAUCCAUCGCAUUAGAUUAUCAAAACUCACACUAUACUCUUCAAUCUUCCUCGCUUUCAUCAUUUUCUUCUUCAUUCUCUCACCUCCUUCCCCUUCCCCUUCAUCACUCCGUACUCACAACCCAUGGGGCGGACCCGAUUGGGAAAAACGGGUCACUAAAUCCGCCCGUCGGAGCUCCGCUUCAUCCCUCACUGUUCUUGUCACCGGUGCUUCCGGUUUCGUCGGUACUCACGUCUCACUUGCUCUUAAACGACGUGGAGAUGGUGUCAUCGGUCUUGACAAUUUCAACCGCUAUUAUGACCCCAACCUCAAACGCGCCCGUCAGAAAGUACUCUCACGCGCCGGUGUUUUCGUCGUUGAAGGUGACAUCAACGAUGCGAAUCUCCUUCAUAAACUCUUCGAUGUUGUUCCUUUUACACACGUCAUGCAUCUCGCUGCUCAAGCUGGGGUUCGUUACGCUAUGCAAAACCCUAAUUCGUAUAUUCAUAGCAACAUUGCAGGUUUUGUUAGUCUUCUAGAAGCUUCUAAGUCUGCGAAUCCUCAACCUGCGAUUGUUUACGCUUCAUCGAGUUCGGUUUACGGUUUGAAUUCGAAGGUUCCGUUUUCUGAAAAGGAUCGGACUGAUCAACCGGCGAGUCUGUAUGCAGCUACGAAGAAAGCUGGUGAAGAAAUUGCGCAUGCUUAUAAUCAUAUCUAUGGUCUUUCGGUUACUGGCUUGCGUUUCUUCACUGUUUAUGGUCCUUGGGGUCGUCCUGAUAUGGCUUAUUUCUUUUUUACUAAGGAUAUUUUGAAAGGGAAACAGAUUACGGUGUUUGAAUCACCGGAUGGUGGAAGUGUUGCUAGAGAUUUUACCUACAUUGAUGAUAUUGUGAAGGGGUGUUUAGGGGCUUUGGAUACAGCUAAGAGAAGUACUGGUGUUGAUGGGAAGAAGAAGGGAAAUGCACAGUAUAGGAUUUUUAAUUUGGGUAAUACUGCGCCUGUUCCGGUUACGGAGCUUGUUAAUAUAUUGGAGAAGCUUUUGAAUGUGAAGGUAAAGAGGAAGGUGAUGCCGAUGCCGAGAAAUGGGGAUGUUAAGUUUACUCAUGCUAAUAUAAGUAGGGCUCAAAAGGAGCUUGGAUACAUGCCUACUACUGAUUUGGAAGGUGGACUCAAGAAGUUUGUGAGGUGGUACCUUGACUUUUACUCUCCUUUAAAGAACAAAAGUGUUUGGUGAUUUGAUUUCAUGUGUUUUGCUUUUGUUCUGUUGUGCUGCAUGAUAUUGUGUAAUGUACAAUUCCCCUGUUUCUCUUCCUUAUAUGAUUGCAAUCUGCAGAUUCUGUUGGGGAACUGAGGGGAAGAACUAGUAUAUAGUAUCAGGGUCUUUUCUUUUUUUCCUUUAGUUUUAUGUUUUUUUCCUAUCUAUGACUUUUUAUGUUAACCAUUGUACAGUUUUAUUGAGUUAUUGAGGCACCGAAUUGACUUUUAA